AAAAUGUCAUCAGAUAACCAGUGGUCAGCAGAUGAGGACGAAGGUCAAUUUUCCCGGCUGAUCAGGAAAUCUAGAGACUCCCCCUUUGUGCCUGUAGGGAUAGCAGGCUUUAUGACUGUGGUGUCCUAUGGUCUUUACAAGUUAAAGAACAGAAGAAAUCAGAAAAUGUCCAUUCAUCUUAUUCACAUGAGAGUUGCUGCCCAAGGAUUUGUUGUAGGAGCUGUGACUCUAGGUGUUCUCUAUUCUAUGUAUAAGGAUUACAUUAGACCUCGAUUCUUCAAUGUGUCCAAAAAAUGAAGCUGCAUACAAAAAAAUACAAGAAGCCUUCUGAAAACUAUUAUGAGGAAUGAAUUUUCAAUAUGUAGCAAAUUGUACUGCAGAAGUAUUAGAGUUUUCACAGCCUGGUAUAGUAAGUCUCAAUUGUUUAAGAAGUCGACUUUCAAAGCAGUAAUCAUAGUCAACGCAAAAAUAUCCUUGAUGAUGUCUUUCAGAACCUAGAGCAUGAUUUUCUGAUUUAAAUUUUUUUAUUUUGUUGUUAGUGACAGAAGAUAAUCUAUCUUAUGACAAACCAACCUUAAAAGUAGGAGUUAGCUAUACAUAGUGGCUACAGAAAUUUUCUAUAUCCAUAUCAAAUGUGACAAUCUAUACAUUGCUUAAUUCUCCCCAAAUAAUUAAGGCUUUCAUAAACUCACUUUUAGAAUGGGCAACAAUUACAUCAGAAGAGAAUGGUCAUGUUAUUUAAAUUUGGUUCACCACUGUGCACCUCACCCUUAUAUAGAUACUUCACUAUUCUACCACAAACAUAAAUGUUUAACAUGUAUAUAUCUGUGUACUUAUUUUUAUAUUUCUUGAAAGUAUUUCUAAGAGUAUGAAGGUAAAUUGCUAAAAAAAAAAAAAAAAAAAAAAAGUCCCUUUUCCCCCAGAUGGUAAUAUUGUGGGGGUGAAAGGAUUUAGUCCAGACAUGCUAUUGUUAAUCUCGUAUGACACUGUAGAAAACACAAAAAAACCAAAGUAGACAUUACAUUUUAAAUAGUCUCUGGCCUCAAAGUCCUCUGUAACUGCCCUAGGGUUCUAAAAAGAUUUAUUAGACUGUGUUGAACUCAUAACUGUCAUGUCUCAGAUUUAUUCCCUUAAGACUCCAAGCCUGGAAGAAAAAAGAAACAGCCUGACCGGCAUGGUUCAGUGGUUGAGUGUUGAUCUAUGAACCAGGAGGUCUCGAUUCGAUUCCUGGUCAGGGCAUGGUCAGGGCACGGAGUCCACAGCCCAGGUUGUGGGCUCGAUCCCCAGUGGGGGGGCAUGAGGGAGGUA